AUGGAAGAACUUCCCACAAUAAACUGUCAAAAUCUUAAGGAAAAAAAGUCUUCUGGGAAUACUGUAACUCAGUGUCCAGGUCUAAUAAUAUGCAAGGUAUCUGGUAAAGAAGAUUUAAGGUUGACAUGGGGUUCCCAUAGGUUACUUUCAAAAACUAUUCAGUUUUUAAAUUACUCAAUUAGAAAAUAUCUGGAUAUAUUAGAGGAUCAGGAAUAUAAAAUUGAGGUUGCUACAGGGGCUGAAGAUGGUACCAAGUGGAUCCCUACAACUAUUCAACAAUUAGUUGAAAAUUCAGAUAUAUAUAUAGUGAGAAUUAGUAGAAUAGAAGAGACAGAUAAUGAUAAAGUUAAUGAAGAAUCAAUCAAAAUACAUUCAGUGCUAAACUGUGGAAGACAUUGUGCUAAUCAGAUGCGUUAUAUACAGCUUAUGGAACAAAAUAAAAAAAUAAAUUCACUAACAUCAAAAGAUACAAUAAUAAAAGUGGAGGAACUAAAAAAACAUUGUACUGCUAAUGAUUGCUGGGUCUCAUAUAAUGGUAAAGUAUACGAUAUUACAAAGUAUUUAGAUUAUCAUCCUGGAGGUAGAGAUAUCUUAAUUGAAUUUGCAGGAUCUGAUAUUACUGAAGCUUUUACAAACUUUCAUCAAUGGGUAAAUUGUGAACAAAUUCUCCAACAUUCCUUUGUAGGAUUUUUAGGUUAG